AUAGUAUUUGAACUUCAGAAUGAACAAGCUGAGUAUGUAACGGAUAUAAAUCGUUCAAUUUAUAUACCAGGAUCAAGGUUCUUGCCUACUAAAAGGUACAAAAGAAUGCUGGAAAUCGAAAAGCAAGUCCAAACAACGAUUAAGCGUAUCAUCGACAAAAGAUUGAGGGCAAUGGAAGCAGGGGAGACUAGUAAAAAUGACUUAUUAGGCAUAUUACUUGAAUCCAAUAUGAAAGAAAUUGAACAACACGGAAGCAAAGAUUUCGGAAUGACAACAAAUGAAGUCAUUGAUGAAUGCAAGUUUUUCUAUUUUGCUGGACAAGAGACCACUGCAGUGUUGCUCGUCUGGACAAUGAUUUUGUUGUGCCUACAUCCAGAGUGGCAAGCACGUGCCAGAGAGGAAGCUUUGCAGGUCUUCGGAAAUGAAAAACCAAAUUUGGAAGGACUAAGUCGCCUCAAAAUUGUAAGUACUUUCCACAA